AUGGUCUUCAAUCCUUCGAGCCCGAUACGAGUCUUUGGCCGGCAACAAGUUGUUAUCCUUCGACCGACCCCGAAGCCUCACAAAGAGGAGCAAGAAGCCACUGCGGCCAAGAAGACCAACAAAAUUUCUCCUAUCGAGAUGUCCAGAUCGUCUUCGCCGAGUUCUGGUUGGCGUGGGGGAGUUUCUCGCCUGAUGCGACAGUCCCAGGACCGACCACGUCCGCCUCCCAAAGAGGUCAGUCGGUGGUCCAAAACAACCACAGAAUCAGAGAUGUCUGAUGCAUUUCCGGAACCCCCAUCGUCAUCAGCAGACAAGAGAAGGAGCUUCCUCAAGAAAUCCAAGUUGAAGAGGCAGUCAAAGGACACGACAAAUUCGAGCCCAACAGACCCAUUCUACGACCCGGUGACCAGGCAGCUCCAACCGAUUGGAGAUAUCCCUCCCAUCGUUUCCACCAGUCGAGGUGAAGAUCCAAGAGCCACGUACGCUUCAGAUUCGGAUACUUCGUCUGAGCUCGACCCGACCAGCCCGAUCAUUCACAGAGCAAGCAGCGUCCGCGUGAGCAAGCCGCACAUCGUGCAGCACAGCAACAGCUCCGGUGGCUCGGUACCCCGGCUGUGUGCUCCUCAUUCGACCCAGACAUUGAUGAACGAUGGGCCGUCCAUGGCAAAAGCAUCACAGACCUUGGGAGAAGACCUCAAAAAUCUCUACGACCUGACGCCUGCUGUCGAGAAGGGCGAGAAGGCCGUUGUCCCAGGCGGUCCAGGCGACGCUCUCAAGGCGCUCGAAGGUCAAGAAGAACCGCAAGAGAAGGAUGCAAACAUCACCGCCCUGCCUCAGGUUCCCGCUGAAGUCAGCAACGAGCCGCGCGACACCAUGAAGGAAACCAUUCUCGAGUGGCCAGACACACCCAGCCGCAUUGAAGCGCUCGAUACCUUGCCUACACCCUUUGGCGGGUUUGGUUCUGUGCGGGUGCCUCGGACUUCCGACGCAACCUACUCAACGAGCGGGAGCACGAAUACCACCUACGUCUCUCCUCCCUCCAUAAUCGCCGACGGCCUCCGCUCAAAUCCUCCCACCGAGAACGACAAGAAACUCUCCCGUGCCAUCUCAGCACCGGCGCGUCACCCAGCGCGUCGGGUCAUGAUCCGGCCUGCGCACCUGAUCAUCAACAAGGGAGCCCACGACCAUAAACUGUACCGCGAAAAUAUCGUCAGCACCCCCUAUCCGGCAAGACACAGCAGUAUCGGAGAGAUUGACGAGAUCGUUCCUCCCACAACCCAAGAGGCGGGAAACAAGACGCCCAAGCUGAGGCGUUCGAGGCCACUCUCCCACCACACCGAAAAGUCGGCGGAACAAGACGGCGAGGGCGAGCCCAACACCACUGGCAAGGAUCAUACUCGCGCACAGGAUUUCCAGGACGACGAGAAACGAGAUGCCGCUCCCGAAAUCCCCUUCUCCACAAAACCCACACUCCUCUCGCCGACUCCCGUGCCACCAACAGCCAAAUCCGACCGAUUUCCUUCCCCGUCUGCGCCGGAGAUUCUUUUCCUGGAUCUUCGCUUGGCCCGCCACCCGUCUGCCCGGGUUACAGUUGAGAUCGAGGUGACUGACAAGACGACGUUCGAUGACGAGCAACUGUUCACGAUGGUGCGGGACAGCUACGUGACGAAACUAAUGGGUCGAGGGAGAUGGUGGUUCUGCGCGAGGACUUUGGAGGGUGCCAGCACGGGCAUCACUCAGCCUUUCGCCCCAGGAGUGCCGUUCUGGCAGAGCCCGCACCACAUUGGCGCUGGCGCUGGCGCUGGGACUGGGACAGGGGGCGACUUUGACGGCGCAGAUUUCGUGCGGCAUCUGCUCAACCCUCGCGUUGGGCGGCGGCGGAAGAUGUGGCUGCUCUGGCUCCGCAACAAUCAAUACCUCGACUCUCCCGGCACCCACAACAACAACAACGACAAUAUGAACGGCCAAGCACGUCGCGGUCGCGGCCGCCGGUCCUACCUGCCCCAGGAUAACGGCUCCGCACAUGGAUACGGCUACAGCCCGCAGGGCGACGCCACUGCGACAAGCCCGGUCUUCUCAUUCGUGCAUUCGCGGAACAACAGCGACGGAAUCGGCAACAAUGAGGUCUCGCCGACAACACAGGCAAACGGUCCCAACAGCGUCGCGGGUGCAGGCGUCGUCGGGUCAGGGGGAGGACUCGCCGCGAAACAACCCUCGGUCUCCCUCCCGCGAAUGCCCUUCCAGCCCUCAGCCAUGUCGUUCCACCGGACCAAAUCCCUCGCAGCCCUCACUUCAUCCCAUAUUCCCUUCUCCUCCUCCACUUCCUCCCCGUCCGCCACCUCGUCGCCCUACACCGCGAAUCCUCACGCCUCAUACCUUCUCCAGCUCCAUCAACAGCACCAGCAGCAACAACAACAACAACAAAAGCCACAAGGGCCACCAGCAACCCACCUGCACCACACAUUCUCGCUCGUCUCCAUCGCACUCUUCACUCUUCUCGUCCUCGUGCUCUCGUGCCUCACGGCGACGUUCUGGAUCCUCUUUGGCUAUCCCGGCCGCAGCGCCGCGGCGGGCAACGGCGAGACGACGGUCGCGGGCAAGGAGUACGCGCUGAGUUGGCGCCGGGACGCGCAGAGCCGGGUCGGCGUUGGCCUGGUCAUGGGCGUGGUGGUCCUGCUGCUGGGAAUUGGGGGCGAAGUGGGCUGGGUCUGGGCGAGUUGGGUGCUCGUCUAG